AUGGCAUCCUUCCAGUCAUCGUUGGUAGCAAGCCUGCUACCUGGUCUUCUUUCUUCAGCCGUUUCCCCCGCGAGAUCAUCCACACUUGCGGCCUCUUCUAUCCACCAACUCUUCGUCGCGCCAUCAAACUCCACUUCGGGAACUCCUCAUGACCAUGAUGGGGGUAACGGGGGAAGCAUGCAUGAAUGGUCAUCGCUGAUCGGCAUUAUCACGGCUCUAUGCGGCAACGUUCUAAUCUCACUGGCCCUUAACAUCCAACGCUACGCACAUAUUCGGAUCGCAAGAGAAUGGGAGCAGGACAAGAAUCGCAACGAGGAAACUGGAACCAACGGAACACGCGUCGGAUCGAGGGGACGAUUUCGAGACCAAUACCGCGACUCUGAACAGAAUGCUUUUGAACCUUAUCGCGACGACGCCGACACCGAGGGGAGGAACAGUGGCUCAAGCUCGCGGAACAACAGCACUGGAAGCAAGGAUAGCGCUGACGGCAAUCGCAAAUCCUACCUCAAGUCUCCGUACUGGUGGGUUGGAAUCGUGCUCAUGGUUGUGGGAGAGAUGGGCAAUUUCAUGGCCUACGGAUUUGCACCGGCGUCGAUUGUCUCGCCUUUGGGCGUUGUGGCUUUAAUAUCGAAUUGCAUCAUUGCGCCAUGCUUGCUCAAGGAACAAUUCCGCAAACGAGAUCUCUGGGGCGUGCUUGUCUCUAUUGCUGGUGCCGUCAUUGUGGUUCUCAGUGCCAAAUCGUCCGAAGAACAAAUUGGCCCUCAUGAAAUUUGGGUGAACAUAACGCGAUGGGAAUUCCAGCUCUAUCUAGGGUUGACCACUUCAUUGAUUAUCGGUCUCAUGUGGGCAAGCCGUCGGUAUGGCCCGAGAUCAAUUCUUAUCGACGUCGGGCUGGUUGCUUUGUUUGGCGGAUACACGGCUCUUUCUACGAAGGGUGUAUCCUCGCUUCUGUCUGGCACAUUGUGGCAUGUUAUCACAUUCCCUAUUACCUAUCUGCUUGUCUUCGUUCUUGUCUUCAGCGCAUUGAUGCAAGUCCGUUACAUCAAUCGUGCUCUGCAACGCUUUGAUUCUACCCAGGUGAUUCCGACGCAGUUUGUUCUCUUCACUCUCGCUGUCAUCAUUGGAAGUGCGGUCCUUUACCGUGAUUUUGAAUCGAUAACGGCUGAUCGCGCGACGAAGUUUGUUGGUGGAUGUCUAUUGACUUUCCUUGGGGUUUACUUCAUCACGAGCGGCAGAGUCCGCGGCGAUGACGAGUCGUCGUUUUCAGCGGAAGACGAGGAAGAAUCCAUCGGUUUGCUCAAUGGCGAAAGAUAUCAUGACAGAAUCGACCUGUCUCCACCUGGUCACCAAUUGCCGAAGACAUCUGAUGUUUCCACAGAAGCACAAUAUGACGUCCCACAGUCUCCGAGAGGGUCUAUAUUGAGCCAAGGCACCGAUGAACUAGAUGAUGAUCAGUCUACUCCUAGAGGUAUCCUUUCCGCCGCGCCCUCGUCGCCUCGUGCAUCUUUUAUCGAUGCAUCCCCUCUUUCUGCUCCGUCGUUUGACCACAUUUCACCAUUGCGGCCUCCAUCUCGUAUGUCCAACCCAUGGGCAGACAUUCAGGAUCAGACCGUCGUGACAUCGGAGUCCGAUAUCCGUCCCGUUACUCCCCCCGGACAGGAAGAUGAGACGAUACAGUCCUCAACUGUCCUUUUACGGUUCCCUCCUGCACCUGGCCUUGAAGAAGCAGGGACCAAUGGAAGCGCUGGUACCGUACGACGUGCUUCGACCCCCACACUGUUAAACCAAACCGGCCACGCUAUUCACAAUGAGACUCCCCUUGAAACACCAUCGCGGCGUGCUUUGCGAAGCUCUAUCUCUCAUCGCUUCUCCCCUGGGCCCCUGCUUCCCACACUUUCUGGUGGCUUCAGUGCAGUGGUCGCUGAUUCUAUCCGGCGUGGCGAUGGCAGCCCUCUCAAAGAUCGGCCAAGGCGGAGAUUGGGACGUCGUCGUCAGCUUGAUGGUGCUUUCGCGGAUCCGUCGCUUGUUGAAGGAAAUAAUGACACGGCGCUUUCACUCGCAACUGCCCGGCUCCAGUCCGCCACUCACCCAACGGACGUACCAGCGGAGGCUGCUGGCCAUUCGAUGUCAGCCCUCGCGACGGACAUGAAUACCGAGGCAGACAUAAAUACCAUGCCAGCUCAACUCACCAACGAAGAUGUAACCCGUCUCCGUAGCUUGAGUGAUUCGUGGAGUGGUAGGCUUGCGUGGCUGGGUGGUGCUCUCCGCAAAACGCAGAACACCAAAACAGCUGACAGUGUGGCUGCUACAGGAACGCCAACACCAGAAAAUGAGCGACCUGGGCCAAACUACAACGCCGAUGAUUUUGAAACCGAGACCGAAGCUCGGCGAUAA